CACUUCCUUUAUUUUUUUUUUUUUUUUUUACAAGCUGAAUCUGAUGCUCAGAAAGUGACCUCUCUCCAGUGGCCAAGAUGGUCAUAAACUUCUGUCUCCCACAGUUCAAGCCAAGGAUUCACUGCAACAAGAUUUCUGCUGAUGGCUACGAAGUGGAGAAUCUGAUCUCUGAAGACCUUGCCAGGAGGAAUCGUGGCUUCCGCAGCGAAUACUUUAUCAAACCUCCAGUGCACGUCACCAUCUCCUUUCCCUUCAACAUCGAGAUCUGCAGGAUUAACAUCGACGUCUCCUCCGCCGGAUACCAAACCUUCUCCGGGCUUGAAGUUUACACCUCUACCUCAUGCAAUAAAACCUCUUGGCAGAGCCCUGAGGGGCAGUUCUCAGGCCUGGCCGGGCAGCCUGUGUCAGACAAAGACACUUUCACACUGGUGGGCAAAGCUGUCUUAAAAAAUCAAAGCAAAGUGACUUUUGGCCACAGAGGCUUCAAGCCGAGGCCUCCCUUCCAUCAGAUGGAAAAUGUCUUCUCCUACCCUGGCUCCGUGUCUCAAGACCUCUGGAACAAAGGACCUGCCUCGCUCAGCAACGUGUCGCACCUAAAAAUCUGCAUCACCCACGUGGCUGGGGGUGGCCUGCCUUGCAUCAAGAGGUUGGAGGUGUGGGGACAACCCGCCAAAUCGUGCCCACAGGAGGUGAUCGAGGGUGUCUUUCAGGUGGCCUCACAGUUCUUGGCCCAGGACGUUGGCAGCCUCAAGCCAGAGCUCUGGACGCCGAUGGAGAGCGACUGCGUGCCCUUCACUGCCAACGACAGCGAGCAGCACACCCUUCGCAAGCUGGUGGAUGUCAUCCAAGACAUUCCUGAAGAAUUCCUGGACCCCAUCACUCUGGAGAUCAUGACUUUACCCAUGCUCCUGCCCUCCGGGAAGGUGAUUGACCAGACCACCUUGGAAAAGUGCAACCGGAGCGAGGCGUCCUGGGGCAGGGUUCCCAGUGAUCCCUUCACUGGGGUGGCCUUCAGCCAGCACUCACAGCCCCUACCUCACCCCACCCUCAAGGCCAGGAUAGACCACUUCCUCCUGCAGCACAGCAUCCCUGGCACCAACCUGCUCGGGAGGGCUCAUGCCUCAGAGACCCUCGUGCCCUCUUCCAUAACCAUGUCUUCUCUAAAAAGGAAAAUGGACUGUAUGGAUCAGAGCUCCCUGCAGACACCCUAUUUUUCUGCUACAAACUUACUUGUCACCUCUACCUCAGAGAACAGUGCUAAAAAAAUGAAAACUGACAGUGACUCACAUUUGAUCCAGAUGGACUGUUCCACAGAUCUGGUGUCUCAUGAACAGAAGCUGUCGGAGAGUUUGGACUCUGCCUUGACCUCAGCACUCAGCUCCAUGCCCUCCUUCACGGCCAAGCUGAUGAAGAGCCAGCAGCAGGCUCCGGGCGAGGGAGGCUGCAGCAGUUCCUGGGGUGUUGGAUGGGGCUUGGAGCAACCUGGGCUAGUGGAAGGUACCCAAGGAUGUGCUUUCUGUGGCAAAACCUUCUCCUCUUACUUCAAACCAGAGCCCAUUUACCAGCUCCCCUGUGGGCACCUGGUGUGCAGGCCGUGCCUGGCUGAGAGGCAAAAGGCUCCAUCCUCCAUCCAGUGUGGGAGCUGUAAGAGGUCAGCAGCCACGCACGACGUCAGGAGGGUUCACUUCUGA